UUGGGAAGUGACUUUUUAUUCUCGGAGGCAUCUAAGGGUUAACUCAAAGAAUUUGUUGUGACCACCCAAUGCACAUGCACACCACGAUUCCACCUUGACAUCCACACACACACUCUCACACGCAGUAGACAAGAAGCUUGGAAGUUUGGAUUGUUUUCCGCUGUUGGGGUGAGUGAACAUUGCCAGCUGUCAGAAUGGAGGAGGAGAAAAAAGAGAAGUCAAAACCAUCUUGUAACAUAAAGAUAUUUGUGCUGUGUCACAGUCUGCUCCAGCUCACCCAGUUGCUGCACAGCGCCUACUUCAAGAGCUGCAUCACCACCAUUGAACGUCGCUUCGGUUUCAACAGCAUGUCUAUGGGCACCGUCUCCUCUCUGCACGAGAUGGGGAACAUGGUGCUGGUGGUGUUUGUCAGUUACUUUGGGAGCCGGGUCAACCGGCCUCGUUUCAUUGGCUUUGGGGGGCUGCUCAUGUCCUGUGCUGCUGCCACCUUGGCCCUACCUCAUUUCCUGUCCAAGCCCUACCAGUACAACUUUAUGUCAGCUGCCGGUGGGUCAUGGGACACGUGUGUUCCAAGGGAGAAUUCCUCUGCCCCUGAAGUGUGCAGACAGGGGGGCGGUGGGGACCCCUCUGAGGCGCGGACCCAGUGGCUGACCUUGGCAGCUGCCCAGGUGCUGUUUGGCAUUGGCUCGGUGCCCAUCCAGCCCUUUGGCAUCUCCUACAUAGAUGACUUUGCUGAGCCUGGGAAUUCAGCUCUUUAUAUUGCUAUCCUGUUCUCCAUCUCUGUGUUUGGGCCAGCCUUUGGGUACCUCCUGGGUUCCAUGAUGCUCCGAAUCUAUGUAGAUGUGGACAAGAUAGGUUUAGACAGUCCGUUGGACCUAACCCCGUCUGACCCUCGCUGGGUUGGGGCAUGGUGGAUGGGCCUGCUGGUCUCCUCUGGAUGUCUGGCUCUGGCCUCCAUCCCUUACUUCUUCUUCCCCAGGGUCAAGGUCCCGGCCCAGGCCAAAGCACCUAAGACUGAAAGUGACCCUUUGAAAGAUGAGACCUCUUCAGAGACCUCUUUAAUUGACUUCUUAAAGAUGUUCCCGCGUCUGCUCCUGAGGAUGCUGCUGCGGCCUGUCUUCCUGCUGCUGAUCCUGUCUCAGUGUUGUUUCUCCUCCUCCAUCGCCGGCCUCGCCACCUUCCUCAGCAAGUUCCUGGAGCACCAGUACGGCACCACCGCCGCCUACGGCAGCUUACUCAUCGGGGCCAUCAACCUGCCCAUGGCUGCUGUAGGGCUACUGCUGGGCGGGGUGGUGAUGAAGCGUGUACGCCCACCUGUGCGGACCCUCCUCUGGCUGUGUUUGGUACCUCUCUCCCUCUCCAUACUGCUCUGUGUACCUCUCUUCUUCAUGGGCUGUUCCACUCAGAGAGUGGCGGGGGUCAACACAGGCUACGGUGACACACAGGACCAGUGGGCUAAUAGGUCUCUAUCUCUCUGUAACUCCAACUGUUCCUGUCUGAAUAAUGUAUUUAACCCUGUGUGUGGAGAGGACAACACAGAGUACAUCUCUCCCUGUCACGCUGGCUGCACCAAUGUCACCAUCGACACACUAAACCCUCACAGAGUCCAGACUUACACCAUGUGUAGCUGUGUGACCGCUCUGUCAGCUGUGCCCGCUGGCGCGGCUGGUAUGGGGAUAGGUAGGGCCCUCCCAGGUUCUUGUACCAAGGGCUGCCCUCACCUCGUCCUGCCUGCCAUUCUCCUCAUCGCCUUCGCUGGCUUCAUUGCCAGCCUCUCCCACAACCCCAUCUAUAUGAUGGUGCUCAGGACAGUCUUUCAAGAGGAGAAAUCCUUCGCAAUUGGAGUCCAGUUCCUGCUGAUAAGAAUGCUAGCCUGGCUGCCAGCCCCUGCUGUGUUUGGGCUGGCCAUUGACUACUCCUGUGUCUGGUGGAAGCACGCCUGUGGGAAUAAACAGGGCGCCUGUGGUUACUACGACAACAACAUCCUUCGGAACAGGUACUUUGGGCUGCAGGUGGGUUAUAAGUGCCUGGGGUUGGUGCUGCUAGCCCUGGCAGGCUGGAGAGUACAGCACACACCUUGUCUGAGUAUUGAGAAGGAGCCUGAGGUGCCGGUGUGAGAGGCCAGCACUGACCCUGAGGGGCCACUGGGGAAAGGGUCAAGACCAUUGGUUCCUACGGCUCAAGUUAGAGCACAAUACUGGCAAACACUAAGGUUGCAGGUUCAAUUCCCGCAUCGACCAAUUCAACGGAAUAUGUGUCACUGUUAAUGACAGCUGUCUUAGUCGCGUUGGAUAAAAGUGUCUGCUAAAUGUUAUUACUAUGUACUAUCAACAAUGAAAGUGUUUUAUUUUGGACUAUAAUCCAAAAUUGACAUAGUUUCUUCCAUUAUUUUAAGGGACUUUUGAUAACUUCACGUGCGACUUUGAUAAAGGAAUGUUUUUGGUUUGCUUAUCAUGAGAACCUGUAUACACUCCUGUUUUAUUGUACAGUAUUUACAUUGUUUUUAUGUGUAUAAGUGACACUAUUUGUGAAUUAAUCUGAAUGUCAUAUUACUAUAAAAAAAAAAGUUUA